AAUAGCGUCGUAGCAUAGCGGUUUUUGCGUCUCUGCUAUUGUAUUUCAACACGGGCCUUUAUAAUAGCGUUUUUGGAAUGUAUAAGCUAUCUCUGUAGACGCGGCAAAAUAAAAUAAUCCAGCCGCGUUAAUUUGGUAAGUGGAGGCGCCUUACCAUUGCAAAUAAAAAAAUAAAUGCUAUCGUAUAUGAAAAAUAUAUUAAAAAUAACCCUAAGUAUUUAAAUCGAAACCCAUUUCUCUUCACUUCACUCUCUUCACAUUCCUCGAAAUCGAAACCGAGACUCAUCAAAGUUCUUCAGAGUUCUCUCGAGUGGAAGCUUCAAUUGGUAUGAGUUUCGAUUUGAUUCUGAGUUUAGAUUAGAAACUUUCAAUAGUGGGUUUAGAUUAGAAAAUUUCAUCGAAUCUCUUUGAUUUUGGGGUUCUAUUUGAUCGUAUCUCUUCGAUUCGAAUCUCUUUUCACAUGCAUGUCCGCGUUAACACAUGAUUCGAUUAUGGGUUUGUUCGGUUUAGAUUUUGAAUAUGAUUGUGGGUUUCGAUUUGAUUUUGGAUUUCUUUAUUAGUUUCAGAAAUGGCAAAGACAAGAGGAGGAGGAAAAGUUGGUUCUCGUCGGAGUAGACGUAAUCAAGGCUUGGAGGUAGUAGAUCAAGGCUUGGAGGACAAGAGACCGCAACUAAAAGUGAAGAAAGCUACAGCAAAGAAAACGGCUUCCCCUAAAAAGAGUUUAGUUCUAACGCCAACGAGAAGAAGUAGUAGAAUCAAGAAAGUGGCUGCUCAAGAUGAUGAUGAGCUAGAAGAUGUUACACCUGAUGAUGAUGAUGAUGAGCUAGAAGAUGUUACACCUGAAUAUAUUCCCCGAGUUGAUGAGGUAGAAGAUGUACUCAAUGGGAAAGAGGCUGAAGAAGAUGGAGAUGGCAAUGGGAAAGAGGCUGAAGAAGAUGGAGAUGGCAAUGGGAAAGAGAAUGAAGACGAACAGGCCAAUAUGGAAGAUGAUGGAGUUCUCAAUGAGAAAGGGAAUGAAGAAGAAGCUCGCGAUAUGGAAGAAGAUGGCACUGCGCAAGAUGAUGAGAUUCCUAGUACUGAAGGAGUUGAGCUAGGAGGGGAGGAAGUUCAAAAAAAAAAUAAAAGAGGACCAACAAAGUUGCGCAGAGUGGCUGAAAAUCCCAAUGAUAAGAUUAUGGUCACAUUCAAUGACAUUGGUGAGCAUAUUGGACCUGGUUCAGUAACACUAUCGUCUUUUCUUGGUCCUCUUGUGAGGGAACAUGUUCCGGUUACACUCGCUGAUUGGAGAAAUCUUGAUGCAGCGACUAAAGCAACAAUGUGGGAAGAAAUUCAGGUUUGUAUAUAUACAUUAGUAUGUUUUGUUGAACCGCAAGAUGAAAUUAUAACAUGUUUAACUUGCUUAUUGUGAUGCAGGGGAGAUUUAACUUGCAAGAAGAUUGGCAGAAAGCUGUUAUUUUCAAGCAGCUUGGAAAUGUGUGGAGGGCUGGGAAGUCGAGGCUGGUGUCACAAGUACGUGUGGCGAAGACUGCAGCUGAGAGAAUAGCUUUAAAACCGAGCAACAUCCCAUCCAUUCAAGUGUGGAACUCUUGGGUUAAGAGUAAAACUACCAAAUCUUUCACGGUGAGUUAUCUACAACUAAGUAAGUUUCAUCCUUAAAGGUCAUAUCUGAUAGAUUUAAUCACUGUCAUAUUUAUAUUGUAGGAAACGAGUAACAAGUACAGAGCGAUGAGAAGAAAUCAGAUUCCUCACACCACUAGCCGCAAAGGGAUGCUUCGUUUAGCUGAUGAUAUGAAAAAAAGGAGUAAAGACCCAAGUAAGGUGAGUAGAUCGAAGGUUUGGAUUGCGGGACACACUCAUGCUGAUGGCAGACCUGUGAAGCCACAGUUUGCUGAGACUAUUGUAAGAAUUAUGCAAGUUAUAUAUUGGGUAUAAUUAAUAGAUUAUGUCAAUGAAUUAUUUUGUGUUUAAAUGAAUGUAUCAGGAACAAAUACAGUCACUUGACAGUCAGAUGGACUCAACAUCAGCUGCUGAUAACAUAAGGGAAGAUGCUGUAAGCAAGGUUUUGGGAAAAGACAAACCUGGACGAGUAAGGGGGUUUGGUAGAGGGAUUACGGCUACUAAGCUAGCAUAUCUGCAUUUUAGAGACGCAAAGAUUGCAGAAAUGAAAACUGAGAUUCAAGAGUUAAAGGGGAUGGUGCAAGACUUAGUUGGGAAGAAGGUAAUCCUUUUCAUUACAUUUGGUCAAUUAGUUUUAAGACAUUUACGAUUUCCUUUGCCUUCUUUCAGAAAAAUAAUGAUGAUGCUGAAGCAUCUGAGAGUAGUGGUGGAUUCAAAGUAGGAGUCAGAGUACAAAUACUCGAUUGGAUUGAAUCAGAGGAUGUUGUUGUUGGUGAAGGAGAAUUCUGCUCUGAUGAACCGAAGUACAAAAUUGGUCGUAUACCAAUUGGUCCUAAUGCAGUGGCUAUCGUAGUUAAGUCUGCACUAAGCUCAGUAGCUUCACUUUGGAGGCCUACAACAGACGUGUUAACUCUUGAUGAAGCUGUGGGAUACAAGAUAGCUUGGCCAAUGGAUAAAGUGAUCUUGGAUAGGGAUACAAACUGCUCUGAAGAUGUAUCCAUGGUAA